GUUUUGCGUUACGUUUGACUUCAGGUCUGCGUGCCCGUUGUCUUUGCAAAGGAAUGUGGCUGCUCUCAGUGUGUCGGGAUGGAUGCCUGGCAGAUGUUCUAAGAAAAAGAUGCAGGUUGCCCCCUUAUUACAAAGCAAUGAUGGUCCUAACACUACGGUAGUUAACCCAACCACUGACACGCAAGCAAGAACCUCCAGGCAAAUUUAAGAGAAAUCAAACCUGAUCCAUAUUAUGUUAUUAGACCUCUUUCUAAACAUGGAACCCUAACUUCCUUACCUGUAAGGAUACGGUUGUACACAUUUCUUUCUGUUCUCACGAAAGGCAUCCCGCCAAGUAGAGUGUCAGUGUCUUUAUCACCUCCAACGCCUUGUGGGACCUCAAAAUGUUUUCAGCUCUGAAAAAGUUGGUGGGAUCUGAGCCGGGACAGCUCAGGGAAAAAAACAUUCCUGCAGGACUGCAGUCCAUGAACCAAAGUUUGCAAAGGCGCUUCGCUAAAGGGGUCCAGUAUAACAUGAAAAUAGUUAUCAGAGGAGACAGAAAUACUGGAAAGAGUACUUUAUGGCACCGACUGCAGGGGAAGAAGUUUGUGGAAGAGUACAUUCCCACUCAGGAGAUCCAGGUCACAAGUAUUCAUUGGAAUUAUAAAAUGGCUCCAUAUCAAGCUACUGAUGACGUGGUGAAGGUGGAGGUGUGGGAUGUGGUGGACAAAGGUCAAAAAUACCCUCUUCUUGAAGGUGUAGGCAAAGGCAAACGGCGUGGGGACAAUUUGAAACUGGAGAAUGAGCCGCAAGAGUCAGAUGAGGUGGCCCUGGAUGCAGAGUUCCUGGAUGUGUACAAGAACUGCAAUGGCGUCAUCAUGAUGUUUGACAUAACUAAGCAGUGGACAUUUAAUUACAUCCUGAGGGAACUACCCAAAGUACCCACCCACGUUCCAGUGUGUGUUCUGGGAAACCACAGGGACAUGGGGGAACAUCGAGUCAUUCUCCCUGAUGAUAUAAGAGACUUUAUUGCAGGACUAAACAGACCAAUGGGAUCAUCCUACAUCCACUAUGCUGAGUCCUCAAUGAAGAACGGAUUUGGCUUGAAGUAUCUGCACAGGUUUUUCAACAUCCCCUUCCUACAGCUGCAGAGAGAAACCCUCCUGAGGCAACUGGAAACCAACCAGCUGGACAUGGACGCCACCCUGGAGGAGCUCACAGUCCAGCAGGAGACUGAAGAUCAGAACUACGAGAUUUUCUUGGACAACUUGGAGUCUCGCAGUAAGGGCUAUGCUUCUCCUGGUCCAGCUAACGGUCAGAGUCCCUCCUCUGGCUCACAGUCUCCCAUCGUCCCUCCCAGCGGUGCUUCGACAGGCAGCUCCAGCCCCAGCACUCCACAGCCCUCAGUACCCUCCCAGAUGCUUCCUCAGUCUCCAUCUGUGUCUGCGUCCUCCCCUGCAGCCCCCACAGCAGUGGUUAGUGGGGCAACCUCCCCUACAGCCGAGAUGAAACCUCUGCCCCAGUCUCCCGAACACCAGCAAUCCUCUGCUGCUCCUGGGGGAUCAGGUCCCCAAAAACGCAGUUUCAUGUCCCGCUGGUUCAGUUCAUAUCCUGCCACUGAGGCACCGACUUCUGCACCAGAUGACCCUCCUGCAUCUGUGUGUUCUGCUAAAGUGCAGAGUGUGGAUGAUUUUGUGCCAGAUGAAAGACUGGACAGGGGUUUCCUAGAAGACAGCGUGCCCUCAAAGAGCAAGGUGCCCCAACAUGCCCCAGCUUUGGCUGUAGACAGCGACAGUGAUGCAGAAAACAGAGGAAAUCCAAUGGUUUCUGGUUUCCAGGAUGAGCUUGAUCCUGAUGACAGCGAGCCCAGUCUUCCCCAGGUUAACACUCUGCCCCACAGCAAAGAUAUCUCUCUGACCAGUGAUGAGGAGGAGGUUGAACAGGUUGCCCCCACAGUCACACAGGACCAGGACUUGGACAGUGAACCUCAUCUGAAAGCGCCAGUUAUUCAGCUCACAAAAGCAAAGGUGACUUCCCAAGCUUUGGAGCGCAAAGUCCACACCACGGCACCAAUCUCCUUAACUUUAACCCCAGCGGAAGAGCCACCUACUCGACUACAAGGCAGAAAAAAGGGAAGCACACGCAGAGCAGAGGACUCUGAUACAGACCCAGAGGCACCCGUGGCCCAGCAGAUGCUCUCUUUUGUCAUGGAUGACCCUGACUUUGAGUCUGAAGCAUCAGACACCCCAAAAAUAGCAAAGGACACCUUUCCAGUCAGAGAUGAGCUUCUGUCUGACCUCUCUGAUGAGGACAUGCAUUUAACUAAGGUGCCGGUACCACUGAAGCCCACUGUGAUUUCCUUCAAACUCAAGGAUGAUACUGACCUUUUUGGCCUCGGAAUCCAAGAAGAGCCUCUAGCAGCGAAGGACAGCAGCGACGACCAGGAAGAAAAAGAAAGCAAGCAAUCCAAAGAGAAGAAGAAAAAGAAGAAGAAAAGCAAGGAGGAGGAUGAGAAGAGCAAGAAGAAACACAAGAAAAAGGAAAAAGUCGAAGCUGCAGCUGCAGCAGGAGACGACAAGGAGAAAAAGAAGAAGAGGCCUCGAUCCAAGAAAACAGAGGUGGAUGAAUUGGAGGACUUUCUUAGCGGAGUUGCUGGCUCGGUCAAAAGAGACGAUGGUGAUUAUGAAGAGUUAUAAAAGUUACUUUUAGAAGAAGUCAUGGUCAGUUAAAAAAGCAAAACAAUAAAGGUCAACUUGUGUAUGCAUAAAACAGCCAUACACUCUAAACCACCAUCUACAGUCAGAUCUGUAAACUAAAAUUCUGCUUCCUUUUGGGUCCCUCAGACCCCCAUUCUUACUCCUGCUCUCAUUUCCACUCCACCCAAUAAGAAAUCCCCAGGACUCACAAGUACUGUAAUGACUGGUAUGAACACAGCUGAGCUCUUUGUACUUUGAUCUGAUUCCUUUGAUUUAGGCUUUUCUUUGGUCUACUACUCUGGUGAUUCACUCCGAAUGAGCUGCUGUAAAUAGGACCAUGAUUUACUCUGACUGUUUGUGUGGCUGUUGUAGUGAUUGUAAGCAUGCUCAAAGUGAUGACUGACUCCCUAAAGACUCCAUAGUGUCCUUUUUAAUAGUUUAAAUGGGAAAUAUCAGAUUGAACAUUGGUGUAAUUAUCAACACUGAAGACGUUUGACUUCUCAUUUUACACCUUUCUGUCCGAGUAAAAUGUUCAUUCAUCACUACUAUCGGUCUCCAAACCGGCUCAUUUAUAAAAACAUUUAGUUACUUUCAUAUCUGAAACUACAUCAGUUAUCUUUAAGCUAAAUGUGGUCCGAUGUUAAUUAACCAACCUUUCCCCGCACCAGUGGCAGUUUGGUAGACUUUAAGACUGUAAACUGAUGACUCUCAUGGUCAGAAAAAGAAUAAUCUGCCAUUAAGUGAAGAUGAAAAAAGCCCAGUUAGAAUAUAUUGAACAUGUUAUCUACAUACAGGGUGCAGGAUGUGGUUGGAUGUGUGUGUGUUUUUUCCCCAGUUGUUGCCUUAACCAAGGUUACCAACAAGGAAAUGAUGUGCAGCUCUUCCUGUGGACAGUUUCAAGUGUUUUUACUGUUCAUCUUGUAGCUCUGUCUGCUUUAAAAUGUUCUAGGUCUUCAUUUUAAAGCCUUUCAUCAGAUUGUGGUGAAUCUUUGCAUUUAUUGUAUUUUGUUUCUUGUUGAACAGCCUUGUGAAAGAUUCAUAUAUUUCUUUGUAACAUGUCUGUUUCUUUUUGUGUGAUCCUUUAUUUAUUUCUUAUGUUUUGUUGCUUCUCAUGUGGUGUGUGUGUUCAGACUGUCCAGUCACACCAAUCAUGCAGCUCUUUAUGGCUCACAGCUGUUCACAUUUCUGAACUUUUUACUUGUAAUAUACAGUCAGCUAUUUACUUCAACUGCUUUUUAGAGAGAGGAAACAGACACAGUGAUAAUGAACUGCUAAAAUCUCCACAUGGUGUCAUUUUGUUCUAAAACUCACCUGCUUACACUAGAUAGAGAGCAUGUGGCAUCUUCCAUGAAUCACAUGAAAAGGAAUUCAUCCAAAUGAACUGGACGUUUUUUGUUUUUUUUUUGUCCUGUCUUUACAGCUGACAGAUCUCAGUUCUCUAUCUCUCUCUUGCUCACACACACACAUACACAACUAGGUUCCAAUCUGCUGGUUUACAAAGAAAUAAUGUCUUAUUCCUAAAUUGAAACUAUGCAGCUUUAUCCUAAAUAUUGUGGGGGGUUUUUUAUCUUAAGUUUGAGGAUAAAUGCUGACAGGUUUCAAGCAAAGCAUUAGAUGUAAAUGUACAGCAAGGAAAGAAUGUGUAAAAUAAAUAUAUAGAUAUUUAUGUAUAUA